GUCAAAGUAAAAACAAAAGACAGUAAAGUCGACAAGGAAGAGUUUGCAUUUUAGGUGCUGUGUCGAAGUUUUCGUUGUAACAAUUAGAGUGCGUAAACACAAUCGGUGGAUGGCUCCUCUAAAGAAAUCCAAGAAAGAUUCUAACAAGUUGAAGAAAAUCAAAGCCAAAAACAAGAAAAACAAGUCCAUCAACAUUGUUCCUGUUGAGAACAAAGGAACUGAAUGCGAUUGGUGGGAUAGUUUCUGGCACAAGAAUUCAUCAACCCCAGGUUCUGGUGUACCUAGUGAUGAAGAGGAAGGUUUCAAGUAUUUUUUCCGUGCUUCCAAGAAGACUUUUGAUUACAUAUGUUCACUUGUAAGGGAGGACCUUAUCUCAAGACCUCCUUCAGGUCUGAUAAACAUUGAGGGAAGGCUUCUUAGUGUUGAGAAGCAAGUUGCGAUUGCAUUGAGAAGAUUGGCUUCUGGUGAAUCCCAAGUUUCAGUUGGGGCAUCAUUUGGGGUCGGGCAGUCCACUGUGUCUCAAGUUACCUGGAGAUUCAUUGAGGCAUUGGAAGAACGUGCAAAGCACCAUCUUAAGUGGCCAGAACCUAGUGAGAUGGAUAUAAUCAAGUCUGAGUUUGAACAAUCAUUUGGUUUGCCUAACUGUUGUGGAGCAAUUGAUGCAACUCACAUUAUAAUGACUCUUCCUGCUAUUCAAACCUCAGAUGAUUGGUGUGAUCAGGAAAGCAAUUACAGCAUGCUUUUGCAAGGUAUCGUGGACAGCGAGAUGCGUUUUUUAGACAUAGUGACAGGAUGGCCUGGGGGCAUGACCACUUCAAGGCUGUUCAAGUGCUCUGGAUUUUAUAAACUCUGUGAAAGUGGUGAUCGUUUAAAUGGAAAUGUCAAAAUGGUGUCUGAAGGAGCAGAAGUUAGAGAGUACAUUCUAGGAGGAUUUGGUUACCCUCUUCUUCCAUGGCUUAUUACACCUUAUGAAGGUGAAGACCUCUCGGAUCCUAUGCUAGAUUUCAAUGCGGUGCAUGAGACUGCAAGUUCAGUUGCAGUAAAAGCCUUCUCACAAUUGAAGGGAGGUUGGAGAAUCCUUAAUAAGGUUAUGUGGAGACCUGAUAAACAGAAACUCCCAAGUAUCAUCCUUGUGUGUUGUUUACUUCAUAAUAUUAUCAUUGAUUGUGGAGACAAAUUACAUCCUGACGUUGCCGUAUCUGGUCAUCAUGACCCAGGAUAUGAGGGACAGAGUUGCAAGCAGAUCGAAUCAGUGGGGAGAUUAAUGAGGGGCAAAUUAACUCAACACUUACAGACUACCAAAAAAGAAGGCUCAAUGAAGAUGAUCGUCUAACACUGCAUUGGAAAAAUUGCGGUGAUUUUCUUAUCACGGGCAUAUCUUUUCCAAGGAAAUAGAGGGCCGUUUCAAAAACUUUUGUUUCAAACCAUGCUGAAGAUAUAAAUGGAGUUCAGGUACAAGAUCUUUCUGAAUGUAGAAAAGGGUGUUUCAUAGUCCUUGAAUAUAUGUGAAGACUUACCUUUCAUACCUAACAGUUUCACAUGUCAUUUAGGUAAAAAUCUUUCUACAUUAUUCUAAUCAUCACUCUUUUUCUUUUUUUGUUGUGACAUAUGGCCUGUCCUAGAUUAUCUGCAUUUAACUAGAGACUUGAAUCAACUGUCAAUAAUAAUGUAAAGUGGAAUUACCCUUAUUUCAUCCA